UCUAGACAGUGACUAUUUCUGCUCCAAUGGACAAAGGACAACACUUUGUGUUCUUUGUGCUUACAACUGUGCUGCUCCUGAGAGAAUCAAGCCAUGCAGGAGCGAUGAGGAAUGAUGCUGCUGCGAGUAAGGACACUGACUUGAGGGGACCAGAAGAGAAUCUUCCAACUUUGACUGUCACAACAAUCCUGGAAGAUCCCUACGUCAUGGUGAGAAGGGCAGAGUUGGAGGGGUACUGCAUUGACCUGCUGAAAGCUCUUGCUUCAAUGCUUCACUUCAGCUACAAGGUGAAGGUGGUGGGAGAUGGGAAGUACGGCGCCGUCUCUUCCAAUGGAAACUGGACAGGGAUGAUUGGAGAGAUUUUGAGACAGGAAGCAGACAUUGCAGUGGCUCCCCUAACAGUCACAUCAGCCAGGGAAGAGGUAGUCUCCUUCACCACGCCAUUCCUGCAGACUGGGAUUGGAAUCUUGCUUCGAAAGGACACCAUGUCGCAGGAGAUGUCUUUCUUCCACUUCCUGGCACCUUUCAGUAAGGAGACCUGGACCGGUCUCCUAUUUGCUUAUAUUCUGACGUGCUUCUGCCUCUUUCUUGUUGCCAGGCUGAGCCCCUGCGAAUGGAACGAGCCCAAGAAUGAAGAGAAUCACUUCACCUUCUUAAACAGCCUCUGGUUUGGAGCAGGAGCACUCGCGCUGCAAGGUGUCACCCCUCGGCCCAAAGCUCUUUCUGUGCGGGUCAUUGCCGCCAUCUGGUGGCUCUUCACCAUAGCCUUGCUGGCUGCCUACAUCGCCAACUUCACCGCGCUGCUGAGCUCCGGCAGCGAGCAGCUACCAAUCCAGACUUUUGAAGAUCUUGUGAAGCAAAGAAAGCUCGAGUUUGGGACGUUGGACGGCUCCUCCACCUUCUACUACUUCAAGAACUCCAAGAAUCCCAUCCAUCAGAUGAUCUAUGAGUAUAUGGACAAGAGACGAGACCACGUUUUAGUCAAAACCUACCAGGAAGCAGUUCAACGCGUCAUGGACUCAAACUACGCCUUCAUUGGUGAAUCAAUCUCUCAAGACCUUGCAGCUGCCAGGCACUGCAAUUUGAUCAGAGCCCCUGAAGUUAUCGGAGCCAGAGGAUUUGGCAUUGCCACAGCCCAGGCAUCCCCAUGGACUAAGAAGCUCUCCAUUGCGGUCCUCAAACUGCGUGAGUCAGGUGACCUUGACUACUUGCGGAACAAGUGGUGGGAGACCAGCUGCCUUCACAAAAGCAGAGAGCGAUGGAGUCCUCUCCAGCCCCAGGCUCUCGGUGGACUCUUCCUUACUCUUGCAAUUGGCCUCGCACUAGGAGUGAUUGCAGCUGUGGUGGAGCUGUCAAAUAAGAGCAGACACGCUGCUGGACACGUCAAGAAGUCUUGUUGCUCCAUUUUCACAGAAGAAAUGUGCACUCGUCUACGUAUAAAAGAAAAUACAAGACAAAGCCAGGAGACUUCAGGAAGGGCUAAUGCUUAAAAAAUUGUUAAGGAAUGGGUGUGUAUUAGGGUUCUACCAUAUGUAUUUCAUAGGAACUACAUCACUGUAGAAGGGUAUUUUUCUGCAAGUCUAGA